AUGGCGCAAUGGGACAACUGUGUGUACUACAAAUCCAAUUGCGUGGUCUGUGUUUACGUCGACGACUUUCUCGUUGCCGCCGCAAACACGCACGAGAGAAACCAAGUGCAACGAGCAUUGCAAACAGAAAUCCGAUUAAAUGACCUGGGAACCCCGCGCUCGUUCCUCGAGAUCCGAUUCGCCUAUCAUGCCGACAGGUCAGUGUCCGUUCACCAACAUCAGUACAUCCAGAAGGUGCUCUCCGACUUUGGCAUGGAGACUUGUCAGUCGAAGUCUACGCCGAUGAAUCCCAAACAAAUCCUGAAUCAUCGUGUAGAGGAGAAAUAUCCAGACGAGGAAGCAAAAGCUCGUUUUGCGACUACCAUUGGUUCGUUGAUGUUUCUGAUGGUUCGUACACGACCGGAUAUUGCGUUUACGCUGGGCAUGUCGAGUCGCUUCACGUCUCAGUCGCAAUCGCACCACCAAGUUGCUCUGCAGCGAUUGGUUCGCUACAUGAAAGUCACGCAUUCUCAUCGUAUUACCUAUCGCAGUGGGCAGCUGAUCGGGUACACGGAUGCCGACUUCGGUGGCUCCGUCGUCACUGACGGUGCAUACUCAACGUCUGGCUAUGUAUUCCAGCUUGCAGGUGCGCCAGUUUCCUGGUCGUCCAAAAGGUAG